AUGGCCCUCCAGCACUACCAAUAUAAGGCCAUAGUGGCCCCAGACACUGAAGAGGACUAUCCUGUUCCUGGCCGACCUCUUGACACGCUCGAUGGGCCGCUGCAGUUACCCGCCAUCAUCUACGGGGCUGGGUCAUUUUCCAAACAAUACAAUGCCGACGAUCAUAUUUCCAGCAAUAUCCCCCUUCGAACUGUGCGCCUGGCCUUGCGAUAUGGUAUACGAGCGUUCGACACUUCGGUAUACUAUGGACCCUCAGAGAUCGUUCUCGGAAGCAUCUUGGAAGCACUCCGGGACGAGUUCCCCCGGUCUACCUAUCGAUUGAUGACCAAAUGCGGUCGAUAUGGGCUUUCUGACUUUGACUACGACCCCAACACCAUCCGCCAGAGCGUCAAGCGGAGCCUUGAGCGAUUGAAGACCAGUUAUCUUGAUGUGGUGUAUCUUCACGAUGUGGAAUUCGUUUGUGACCCCGUCGCUCCUCAGCCGAGUGGAAAUGUCGCAUCGUCUCUCUUAGAAGAUGCAGGUGUAUAUGGAUUGGCUCCUGGUGAUGAAGGGAAAAUCAGAGGCGAUGGGGACAGGAAGGUUCUCUCUGCGUUCGCGGAGCUGCAGAAACUCAAGGAUGAAGGACUGGUCAAGCAAAUUGGGAUUACAGGGUACCCACUGCCAACACUGCUUCGACUGGCCCUGUUGAUCCUCCACAACCCUCCUUACAAACCGAUAGACAUCCUACUCUCCUACUCCCAUCUCUGCCUCCAAAACACCAACUUUAUCGAGUUCGUCGACCAAUUUAAACAGCGAGCGAAGAUCGCCACCGUCCUCGCUGCGUCACCCCUCAGCAUGGGUCUUCUGACCAGCAGGAUACCCGAUUGGCACCCAGCUCCUCCUCAACUUCGACAAGCGGUGCGGGAAGCCAUUGAAGAAAGUGGCGGGGAUUUACCUAACCUUGCGCUUGGAUACUCUAUCAGCAGGACAGGAACGGAAAAUGGGAGCGUACCUCUGGUCUUAGGCGGAGACGCCUCUAUGCGCUUCCUCGCCUCGAUCCAAGACGAAGAAAUGGCUGCUCUCAAGGGUACAACCGUCUUCCCCACUCUCGAUCCAACAGCUGCCUCUCGUGGAAGAGACAACUACGGUAGAUUGGGCGUUCUGCGCACUAAACCAGGACGCGCAGACUCUCCUCCGACGUUAUGCAUGUCUUGUAGCGACAAGAUCGCUUUAUGGAACGUCGUCGGUAUCCAAGGUGCUUUGGGCUCUCUGGCCUUUAGCCCAGUUUACAUAUCGAGGAUCGUCAUCGGAGAUUGUGAAGUGCCCGAAGGAACGAGAGUGAAGGUGAAGGAAGAUUGUGAGAGGGCGUUUUGGGGUCGGUUGAGGGAUUAUAGGAUAGGUGACCCUCUUCUCGACUUGCUCUCUAUUUCAAGGCACUCAUAG